AUGGCCACAGCUUCAGCUAGUAACGCGUCAGAAUGUUCUAUUUGUUUUGAAAAUUUCAAAACACCAAAAAUCUUACCCUGCGGGCACACUUUCUGUAUAGGUUGUAUACAGAGAUUGAUUUGUGAUAAAACAGAAACAUUCCCCUGUCCUAUUUGUCAGCAGGAUGUUAAGAUUCCAGAAGGUGGU